AUGUCUGGUCUUAUGCGGACAUCAUCUAGGUCCGAAAGCGAGAAUCACUUUUUUGGCAAGAUUAGCAAUCCAAAGUGCACGUUGGUUGAAUUUCUUAGCCACUUCGACAAGGCCAUUGAAGCGCAAAGGCACGAGCAUCGAAAAAACGAUCAUGACACUCGAUACACCAACCCUGGAGAGUGGAGUGAUUUUGUUCUCGAGAAGCAAGCAGCUCAGAUAUAUACCAGAACUAUAUUUUUGGAUGUUCAACUCGAGAUUCAACAUGCUAUUCAUCGUUGUACUAGUGUCAGAUUAGAUCACGUUAUGAUACGCGAGGAGGAUGUUACUUUUCCGAAACAAUAUAUAUUGAGGCGUUGGACGCGUGAAGCUGUUCCAAAUAGUUCCCCCGGGUCCAUUCUUACGGAUGGCGGAGAUCCAAAUCGUAGUGAGGAGGUUAACUGUUGUGUUUGUGAGAUUAGUCACGCAACUGAGUAUGUUGUGAACAAGUUGAUUUCAAAAUUUGAUAAGUUGUCUGAUUUUCGUGAUCAUAUCAAGCAGUUUAUGUCAGUCGCUGAUGAAGCACAAAUAAAUGCACCUCCCAAGACACGACGUAAUCGAUUUGCUGAACUGCUAGGAGUUGCUCCAGAGAGCACGGCCACUAUCCGUGUUCCAGUUGGUACCAGAUUCAAGGGUUGCGGUUCUCAUAAACGCCUUAAAUCUCAAAAGGAGCGAGCCAUAAGUCAGUCUGGAAGUAAACGUCGUCAAUGUUCAUUAUGUAAAAAAUACGGUCAUAACAGAGUAACGUGUUGGAAAUACACCGUGGUUGUGCCUGAGGCAGGUGCUUCGCGGAAUGCUGAAGGUAACGAAGAUACAAUUCACGAAGGAGAUGCUGCUACAGUUGUUGAAGGUGAUGGUCCUGGAUCGAAUGAUGCCGAUGAUGUGUUUUACACAUCUGGAAACGAUGCAGAUAUGGAUGAUGAGGACAUGGCAGAGUAG